AAAAAACUGGGUUAAGGAAUUAAGAAAAAUGUUGGGAAACGAAAUCUGUUUAUGUAUAGUAGGUAACAAAAUAGACUUGGAAAAAGAGAGACAUGUUUCAGUGCAAGAAGCAGAAACGUAUGCUGAAUCUGUUGGAGCAAAACAUUAUCAUACUUCAGCUAAACAGAACAAAGGAAUUGAAGAACUGUUUCUUGACCUUUGUAAAAGAAUGAUAGAAACUGCUCAAGUGGAUGAAAGAGCGAGAGGCAAUGGUUCCAGUCAGUCAGGAACAGCGAGGCGAGGUGUACAGAUCAUUGAUGACGAGCCACAAGUACAGAGCAGUGGAGGGUGCUGUUCUUCUGGAUAACUAUAUAAAACUGUGCAUCACUGCCCUCUCAGUAUGAAGACUGCCAUAUUCCAAGUCACGCAUUCUUUACCAAUGGAGUAAUAGAAUUAACAGUAUUUAAAAAUAAUCACAUGUAACACUGCAGAGACCUUAAGUGCUAAACUAGUGGCGUCUGUGACCAGAGAAUUGGCAUUUUCUACCGUGGUUAACAAAGCAAUUACCAAUGGCCUUUUUACAUAUUUUUCUUUAAUGAGGAAUAAUAUGCAUGUAGAAAAGACCUACUUAAAGGCUUCAUUUAUAUUCUUUUAAAUCAGAUCAUUAUUUAAUAACUUAUAUACAUUGUUGUUGGAAUGGUAUACAUUUUUGCAGCUCUUUGUAUUUUGUGGUAGAUUGAAUUGUAUCACUUCUAAAAUGCAAAUUGAUUUUUUUUUUUUAAAUUAGCAGAUAUCUGAGGUAAUAUUUUUUGCAGGGCCUCCACAAGCCUAUAACUGUCAACUACUUUGAUAUAUUCUGUUCAUCCUGUAUGCCAAGCUGGUAAAAUACAUUGUAAAUUACAUAUUAAAUAUUUUACCUGCUUUUACAAUUGCAGGUGCAGAAAUAUGUACAUCAGUCUUGUCAGUGAUUGUGAAGUGAGUAAGUCAGUGAAAGAUGCAGGCUUUUCAUGUGUACUGUUGAAUUGCUUGUUCUAUUCCCCCUACCUGAAAACAGCUCUUUUUGGUACAUUCAUAGCUAUGGCAUUUUUUUAAGCCUUUUCUGGCAAGCAGCAGUAUUUAGAGUAUCCCCUUAGUGGGAAGAGAAUGCUUCCUUAGGCUGCUGUUUAACAUUGAGGUGUCUGACUCCCAGCCAAAACAGUUGGUGCAUGCGUAUAUCCUGCCUCUGCAGUUACUUUGGCCUCUCAGAAUAUCCCCAGAAAAGUCCAAGCAACUUUAGCCCUCGUCUGUCUGGUAGCCAGUGAACCAGAUGCGUGGGAAACUGCAUUAGUACAUUAGUGUCCCAAGAGAGCAUUAUGACCUAUUAAUGAGCAUA